AUGUCUGACAAGCAGGGCAGGAUAGACGACGCGAGCGAUGGAAACGCUGAGCCGGCGAACAUGUCUGAAAAAUCAGAUCGGGAGCACUCGUCGGACGACGCCCGGACUCACGCCGCUAGUCCUCCGGCCAAAGCGAUAGUCGCACUCACUUCCUAUGCCGCGCUUUUCAGUCCGCUCACCGCCAACAUAUACCUUCCUGCGAUACCCACGCUCGUGAAAGCCUUUCACACAAGUACAGAGAAUAUCAACCUGACGGUCACGGUAUACAUGGUCAUGCAAGGAAUAUCACCCAUGAUAUGCAUCCUCCCGGAGACGCUCAGGUCGAUGGUCGGCAACGGCAGUAUACCUCCCCCUCGCAUCUACAGGACGCCUAUCAAUCUGAUAGGCGGCCGCUAUGCCCCAGAUGCCGUUGAACGUGCUCCGACCAAACGCUUCGCCAACCCCUUCGAAUUAUUCCUCUAUCCUGAUCUCGACUUCUUGCUCAUUUUCUUCGCCCUCAUCUAUGCCGUGCUCUACGGAGUCGUCGCGUCCAUGUCGUCGCUUUUCGCGGUGGCCUAUCCAUUUCUGGAUGAGACAGACCUCGGUCUUCUCUUCCUCGCCAUCGGUGGCGGCAUGAUCGUCGGGACGGCGACGAUGGGCAAGGUUCUCGAUUGGGAGUAUCGUCGUAUACGGGAUGGCCUGGUUUGCAAAUAUCUGGCGGAGAAAGAGAACGGGGACGUCGCCCACAUCAGGAAAAAUCGGACUAUCGAAAGAGUCGCUUAUUGGGUACCGAAACCCUCUAAAGCUACUAAAUGA